CGUGAUUGUGAAGACUUAUUGGUGCAUUUUGAUUUUAUCAUGGCCUUUAUGGUCAGCAGAGGCUGUAAAGGCAAGUGGGCGACAAAUAGGCCAGUUAAAUGAUUUUUUUUUUUAAAGCUCAUUUUAACCUCUUAAAUAUUAAAUAUUCAGCUUUCUGAUUGGCAUGAUAACAGCACGGGAAUGAGCUAUAGUCCAACAUCCAGUUUAACACUAUAACAUUCCCGUAGCUGUGCUGUAAGAAAACUUCCAGCGACAUACAAGUUUUCAAAUCUAUAUGCGUUAAUAUAUUUGAACCAAGUGAGACAGUUUAAAUCUCCACUAUCAUUAUUAUCAUUAUUAUUAUGAUGAUCAUUAUUAUUAUUAUUAUUGUUGUUAUUAUAUCGGACUGUUGCUGGACUCGCGGUGCGUCAGGGGCAGAGAGCUCUGGCCGGUCCUGACCGUCCUGCCCCAUACCAGACACCAGAUGACGCUCUUGUCUUACUGUCCUGCCCUUUUUGCGCUAAACAUCUCUGCCUGGUCCUCAACAACCAACAGCUCAAAGUUUACCGGACACGUUUCUCCUAUUCAUCAAUAUCCCCAUUGAGUAUCAAAGCCAAUUUAUGACUGGCCAACAUGUGCACGUGAUCCCAUACAAAUACCCCAUAUUUGGGCAGCGCACGUCGGAUCAAGAAUUAAAAAAAAAGAUACCAAAGCCUACUCCACCUAUAAAUCCUGGAUUAUUUUUUUAGGGCAGACAGCCCUGAAUUUUCCAAAAGCGGCUACAAAGAAAAGCAAUGAUCAACAAAAACAAGGAAAUAACCGCAACAUACACCCCGCAGCCCUCUCUAGUUUAAUAAGAAAGUGUCGGUGAUAGUAGAAAAUGAGCUCUUAUGUUGACUGCUCCAAUCUCAGGCAAACAAGCGAGACAACUUCUCCUAACACUAUGUUUAGUUUCGAUCUAUCUGGGCGCAGGUCCAGCCGCUAUGAGGGUGUUAAUGUGAACGGGAUAUUCACUUGUCCCGUCCCCACGACCUCUGUUGAACGGGAGGAGAUGAAAACUAGCCUGCGUGGCAAUACGGAUACUCCUCUCCCGUCAGGACCUCAGAUAACCAUGGUCUCCAGUAGCUCUUCCGUGGACGCAAGCGGGCUCAACUACGGCAGCAGCACGCUGCUGGGACUAGGGGCAGACAGAGACCCGGAGAGGAGCGCAAAAUCCGGCGGCAACAAGAGCCAAGAGAGCGAGAGAAACGCGGAGAACACGCAAAUGGUGAAACGAAACACAAAAGUGAACCAGCUUCAGGACAGUGAGCAGCGGCCACAGAUUUAUCCAUGGAUGACAAAACUGCACAUGAGCCACGAAACGGAGGGUAAGCGGUCCAGGACCAGUUACACCCGCUACCAGACUCUGGAGCUGGAGAAAGAGUUUCACUUCAACCGGUACCUGAGCCGCCGCAGGCGCGUAGAGAUCGCCCACACCCUGUGUCUAAACGAGAGGCAGAUCAAAAUCUGGUUCCAGAACAGACGAAUGAAGUGGAAGAAGGACUCAAAGAUCAAAGUGAAGGAAUAAAAAGUGCACCAGUGAACACGGGGUGCAUGCAGCACGUUUUUCAGCCCCACACUGCACAGUGCUGGAGUGCCGCCUGACCUCCGGAUGAACUGCUAGGAGCAAUGACAUCAUGACACCGCUCUGUGUGCUUCAUCACCAAUUAUGUGUCACUUGCUGCAGUUUGGGACCUAAUGUAUUGAAUAUCACUCACUUUGAUCAAUCGGUUUACAUUUCUAAAUUAAUUUGCUGCCCAUGCGAUGAUAACCUCACUUUACUGCACGAAGGGGACACGAGGUUGAGGGGAGCUGGGGUCCUUCACGCUGCAAGGCUUUUUUUGGUCUGCAGUGCAAUGAAAGGCUGCACAAUGCUACUAAUAAUCUAUGUUUUUAAUUAGGAUAAAAGUAGUGGGGUGGGGGAGGGGACAUCCUGCAUCAUUUUCAAGUCGUUAUCAUCAUCAUGUGAUAAAAUUUUAAGGUCAUCGAAUCAAAUAAAGAUAAAAAAAAUAAAAUAUUUCUGACUGUCUUUGAAAUAUGCUGACAGUUAAAUAGUUUUCCACCAGUAAAAAAAAAAAAAAAUCACUUCUCUUCUUUUCUAUUUACUCUCGAUUUGUUGCAGUGCAAACACGAUCGGAUGUGUGAUGUGUUCAGUGAGCUAAUAUCUGUGUGUGGAUUUCUGUCAAGGCAUCAUCCAUGUUGUCUGUCAUAUCCUUGUGAAUCUAAAUCAUGAUGUAUAAUUCAGCGACUGUAUGUGAUAAUAUUGUGAUGUGCAAUGGAGCCAUUUCUCUCUUUGCCCUUUGUAAACUUUGAGGUGCCCGGUUUACUCAAAAGGCCUAGAAUAACUUGACAGAUGGCUAAAUUGUUGAUUGUAACCAAUAAAGUCUUCAUCAUUAAAAGUAAGGAAAAUACUACACUGUCAGUAUGCACAUUUCUGUUAUUAUUGUUCUCAUAUCAGGGGUUUGUAGCGAAGUCACAGAAGCAAAUUAAACUACCAUAGAAAUUGUUUUAAUAAAUAAAAAAAAAAACUACAUUUAUUUCCUUUACUUUUGUCUCUUCCUACUGACAACGCCUUUCGUCUGGCUCUCAAUCCUCAGCAUUUCGUUGACUGACAAACGCGCUCUGAAGUUUAAGGCCCUCAUAAAACUUUAUUGCCCCUUUUCCACCACAGGCAGACUCCGUUUCCUGUUUUGUCAGGGAAGGAAGGGCACACACUCGCCUGUGAUAACACUCGCCCACUACACAACGUGGAUGCAAAACGUUGGUUUCCUGUGGCCGCAGACUGACGCGCCAUCACUGUCGAGGCCAUAUGGCCAACUUUAUGAUAUUGCCCUGCUCUUUAAUCCUGGCAUCAUCACACUGUAGUUAAAACAACACUAUCUGCUACUUUAGAGGACAUAAAAUCAUGCCACUUGCUGGGUAUCUGUAUUUGUAGUAGUGGUAGUAGUAUGACGCAGUAUAGCCCAAGGUUAUAAGGUAAUGUCUCUAUAGUACUACUUAAAGAAAAUAAAAAUCAACUCACCUCUCAAACUAAUAGCUUCCUAUUCAACUUCCUUGACGGUUAUGAGAACCGGUCAGGCAGCGUCCACUUUCUCUGCGCUCUGCUAGGCCUAACCUAUACUUGGACAAUGUAUUGAAUCCCUUUUUCUAUGUCUUUCUUUUAGGGUAUUUUAAAGUUUACAAGGUUACAUAUGCCAAUUGCCCCAAGCAGGGCCUGUGAAUGGUGCAUAGGAAGCACGUGGUGUCAUUUAAGUGGGUUUUAUGGCCUGGAAGAGCUGACAAACCUUCGAUAUAUACACAUCAUAUAUAAUCUUAACUGUCCGGAAUCGCAGCUGCUGGCUUCCCCUUAUCUGAGGAAGAAAGGGCUUUGUGGCAGUGAGGAUGCAGUACCUUUCUCCGGACUGUGUAGUCGGGUGGUGCCGAGCACUGAGAGCUGCUGCAGUAAGUUGCUUUUUAACUUUGCCUACAAGGCCUGCGACUGUGUACGCGUUAUUUCACAGUGAAGACGUGGUGUUGUUUGUGUUUUAUAUUAGCGUGACUCUGAAUGCAUGGCUGUUAAAUUCACUAUCUUGAGAAUUAAGCUUAUUCAUUGAUUGUGAAUGUGCGUUUUAUAGUUAUAUAUAGAAAGAACGAGGCUUUUGGAAUAAUCGGGGGAAAUGUGCGUUUUCAGACAUUUUAAAGGAUCUUUGGCGUUGAAUAUUUAGUCCGACAUCCACGGGAUUAUACUGAAACACCACUGAUAGUUGUUAGGAUAUCAUGAGGGUUAUUUUUUUGUUUUGUUUUGCAUCAUCAUCUUUAUAUUUAU